AUAGGGGCGGGUGCGGAGAAAGGAAAUCGCUGUGGGAGCCGCAUCCUCCCUGCACUAGCGGCGCCAGAGGUGGAGGCAGAGAGGGCGGAGGAGGCAGAGAAGGGUGCCGCAGAGAAAAAAGUGUCAAAGCCAGUACGGCUUUAGAAUACGGUGAAGGAUACUUUUCAUGGUGCAUGGAAGGAAAGCCAAUGCGCAGGUGUACCAACAUUCGCCCAGGAGAGACUGGAAUGGAUGUAACAAGCCGCUGCACCCUUGGAGAUCCCAACAAACUGCCAGAAGGGGUUCCCCAACCUGCUCGCAUGCCCUAUAUCUCAGACAAGCACCCUCGGCAGACCUUGGAAGUGAUCAACCUUCUGAGAAAGCACCGGGAGCUAUGUGAUGUGGUGCUAGUUGUGGGUGCUAAGAAGAUAUAUGCCCAUCGAGUCAUCCUGUCGGCCUGCAGUCCCUACUUCCGAGCAAUGUUUACAGGAGAAUUGGCAGAAAGCCGCCAGACAGAAGUAGUGAUCCGAGACAUAGAUGAGAGGGCUAUGGAACUACUGAUUGACUUCGCAUAUACCUCCCAGAUAACUGUGGAAGAAGGCAAUGUUCAGACCCUCCUGCCUGCUGCUUGCCUCCUCCAGCUGGCAGAAAUACAGGAAGCUUGCUGUGAGUUCUUAAAGAGACAAUUAGAUCCUUCUAAUUGCCUGGGCAUUCGGGCUUUUGCUGAUACACACUCCUGCCGUGAGUUGUUAAGGAUUGCAGACAAGUUCACUCAACAUAACUUUCAAGAGGUAAUGGAAAGUGAAGAAUUCAUGUUACUUCCGGCCAACCAACUCAUCGAUAUAAUAUCUAGUGAUGAGCUCAACGUUCGGAGUGAAGAACAAGUGUUCAACGCAGUGAUGGCCUGGGUCAAAUACAGUAUUCAGGAAAGACGGCCUCAGUUACCCCAGGUGCUGCAGCAUGUCCGCCUGCCUUUGCUUAGUCCCAAGUUCCUGGUGGGUACCGUAGGCUCUGAUCCCCUCAUUAAAAGUGAUGAAGAAUGCAGAGACUUGGUAGAUGAGGCUAAAAACUACCUCCUGUUGCCUCAAGAACGACCACUGAUGCAAGGGCCAAGGACAAGACCACGGAAACCUAUCCGAUGUGGAGAAGUGCUCUUUGCAGUUGGUGGUUGGUGUAGUGGAGAUGCCAUUUCCAGUGUUGAACGGUAUGAUCCACAGACCAAUGAGUGGCGAAUGGUAGCGUCAAUGAGUAAAAGGCGAUGUGGCGUUGGAGUCAGUGUUCUUGAUGACCUGUUAUAUGCAGUAGGCGGCCAUGAUGGAUCCUCAUAUCUCAAUAGUGUUGAAAGAUACGACCCCAAAACAAACCAGUGGAGCAGUGACGUGGCCCCUACAAGCACGUGCAGGACAAGCGUUGGCGUGGCAGUACUUGGAGGCUUUCUCUAUGCCGUGGGCGGACAGGAUGGUGUCUCUUGCCUCAAUAUUGUCGAGAGGUAUGAUCCAAAGGAGAACAAGUGGACUCGGGUGGCUUCUAUGAGUACUAGAAGACUUGGAGUUGCUGUGGCUGUGUUGGGAGGGUUCUUAUAUGCCGUAGGUGGCUCUGAUGGAACAUCUCCACUCAACACAGUGGAGCGCUACAAUCCUCAGGAAAACAGAUGGCACACCAUAGCCCCUAUGGGGACCCGAAGGAAACACCUAGGUUGUGCAGUGUACCAGGACAUGAUCUAUGCUGUGGGAGGGAGAGAUGACACCACAGAGCUCAGCAGUGCUGAGAGGUACAACCCCAGAACCAACCAGUGGUCUCCUGUGGUGGCCAUGACAUCCCGCAGGAGUGGAGUUGGUCUGGCGGUGGUCAAUGGACAGCUCAUGGCAGUAGGAGGUUUUGAUGGCACAACAUACUUGAAGACCAUUGAAGUUUUUGACCCAGAUGCCAAUACGUGGAGGUUAUAUGGAGGGAUGAAUUACCGUCGGCUUGGAGGUGGUGUAGGAGUUAUUAAAAUGACACAUUGUGAAUCUCAUAUAUGGUGAACACAGAAAAAAGUCUUGCAUACUCUCCUUUAUAUUUGGAAGAGCCUUGACUUUGAAGCUUUGUACAGCUCGAGAAAACAUUAGAACAAAAUUUAUUCUUUGCUGGUGCCUCAACAUGCAGAACUACAAGUCUAACGACGGAGCUCACCUGCAGACGCCUCCUUUGCACAAUACCUUUCCACUCUCUGCAGAAGAGGGUUUAUUUCUGGCUUUAAUUUAUCAUGGAGUUUUGAUGGGGAUUUUUGUUUUUGUUUCGUUGGCUUGGGUCAUUUGGGGGGGUUUGUUGUUGUUUUUUUCUUUUUCUUUUCUUUUUUUUUUUUUUUUUACUUAUCCUUCCUAUCAUUAAAAAAAAAGAAAAAAGAAAAAAGGAGAAAAAAAAAUUCCAAGCUGCAAAAUUUACUUUACUUCCUAGGUUUUGUUUGAUUUUGAAAAUACUGAUAAGGGCAGAAGGGCUACAUAUGAUCUGGUUGUUAUCCUAUUAGACACUAUCCAUCUACCAAGAUUGCCAAUGAUAAAGAUAGAUGUGCAAAGUAUAUUCGCUAGUUACCAUUCUUGCACUAACUAUUAGAACACUCCAAAAUGUAAAGGGGACUGGAAAUGGUCCAGUAAGAGCAUGUGCUGCUUUUCAGAGGUCCCAAGUUCAGUUCCCAGCACUCACAUCUGGCAGCUUACAACUGUGUAAUUCCAGCUAGGUCAGUGGUUCUCAACCUCCCUAAUGCUGCAACCCUUUAAUACAGUUCCUCAUGUUAUGGUGACCCCCCCCCCAACUAUAACAUUAUUUUCAUUUGCUACUUCAUAACUGUAAUUUUUGCUCCUGUUUUGAAUCGUAAUGUAAAUAUCUGAUAUGCAGGAUAUCUGAUAUGCAACCCUUAUGAAAAGGUUGUUUGACCCCCCCCAGGGGUCAUGACCCACAGGUUGAGAACAGCUGAGCUAGGGGAUUCCGGACUCUCUUCUGGCCUCUGCAGGUACCUGCACUCCUGUGCAUUCAUACACACACAUAUACCCCACAAGUAUGAGUAAUUCAAAAUAAAAUUUAUUUUAAAUGUAAAAGAAAAAACAAGAAAACACCUCAUAGGACAGUUCAGAAGGAAUAUGAAAUCCCCAAAAGCAGAACAAGCUAUGAUUUUCAUUCAUCAGUGGACGUUUACAUCUAUCUAACUGAACUUGCUUUCCACUCCAUUUCCCUUUUGUCCUCUAAUAUUUUCUUAGAGUUUCUGCCACUUGUACCUAGGUCUCUGCUCAGUGCCUCUUCUAAAAACAGUGCAAGUCUCAUUCCUCAUCUUGAGAACUCCAAUAAAUCAAGUGCAACUUUGUAAGGGUUUUUGCUCAUGGGUGUUACCUGCAAAUUUCUUUCCUAUCUCCUCAUUGCCACCAGGGGCCACCAAGGAAAAAUGACCUCUCUCCAGCAGUGGAUUCUGCUGUUCAGUUUACACUGGAUGUUUCGGCCUGGUAAAUCUGAGCUGACCUUUAGUUACACGCUCCAAAGAAAUGAUGUCUUCAGUUCGUGUUAGCAGUACAUGUGAAGGAUGUCAAGGCAGCUGAAGCAUCCAGUCAGAGCUGGGGGCUUUAGGCUAAUUAUAUUUCACUCUCUUUCAUCUCAUAAGGCCACUGUUACCAUGUCUCUUAAGUUGCACUUUCUGAUGAAAGGUUAAAAUUUUUAAGGAAAUAAAUGAAAGUUUUAGUGCCUAAGGUCCUCCCCUCCAUUAUAGAUAUAGACUGAUUUCUCUUUCAGUGUGUUUUGCAGGAAAACUUUUGAAUGAGACUUUAGCCACAACCAAAAGGAAUAACCUUUACCUUCUUCCUCUCCCCUACAACAAAAUGUUUGGCAACUUUUGUGUUUACAUUUAAACAUCAUUUGCACCUUUUUCAAGGAAAAAAAUAAGUAUUUGGUAAACAAUUGUUUACAUGUAUCAUUUAUGCUUUUUUCUAGCAUGUAUAACUUUUUAAAAUAAAGGUAGUAUUUACCAUAAAGUUUUUUAAAAUUU